GGAUUUAAAUUAUAAAUUAAAUUAUGAUAUUGUAGUCAUUAAGUUAAGAUUCAUAAAAUUUAUAACAGUAGUUAUAAAAAAUAAAUAAUUAAUUGGUAUUAACGACUUGUCGAAAAUAAAUUCGCGAUAAUUAUAAGAUUACAGACAAAAUUAUCAUCACUAUACUUUAUUAUAGUAAUUAGUAACCAACGGGUGUUGCCACAAAUGUUUGCUGGUCGAAUACUAUUGAAACAGGCAUUCACAUUAUUCGUCCAAACCAGAAUGGCUUCGUCUAGUUCUUCAGGUUUUCGAGUGGCCUUACUACAGUUGACCGUUACCGCUGAUAAAUCAUCAAAUGUAGCCAAUGCAGUGAGACGUUUACAGCAAGCAAAAUUGAAUGGCUGUACAUUAGCCAUAUUACCUGAAUGUUUCAACUCUCCAUAUAACACUGCUUUGUUCAAAGAAUACUCUGAAGUUAUUCCCGGAGGUGAAACAUGUAAAGCUUUGUCUCAAGCUGCAAAAUCAAAUGAAAUGUAUAUUGUAGGUGGUUCGAUCCCAGAGAUAUGUGAUGACAAAGUGUACAACACAUGUACAGUUUGGGAUCCGAAUGGAAACCUGAUAGCUAAACAUAGAAAAGUGCAUUUAUUUGACAUAAAUAUUCCUGGUGGAAUUUGCUUCAAAGAAUCUGAUGCUCUAGCUGCUGGAAAUUCACUAAAUACAUUUCAAUUAGGAAAAUUUAAAAUUGGACUAGGAAUCUGUUAUGAUAUACGAUUUGCAGAAAUGGCAACACUAUACCGAAAACAAGGUUGUGAUAUGUUAAUAUACCCCAGUGCUUUUAAUAUGACAACUGGACCUUUACAUUGGAGCCUAUUAACUAGAUGCCGAGCAGUUGAUAAUCAAGCAUUUGUAGCUGUUGUUUCACCAGCCAGAGUUACUGAUUCUAAUUAUGUAGCAUGGGGUCAUUCCAUGGUUGUGGAUCCAUGGGGUAAAAUUUUAAAAGAAGCUACUGAAAAAGACAUGGAUUUAUAUGCUGAUCUUGACUUUGGUGAUCGUGAAAAAAUGAGACUGCAAAUACCCUCUGAAAAUCAAAGAAGAACUGACUUGUAUGAUACAGUUGAUUUUAAAAACAAAGUUUGAGCAAACAUCCAAACAUCUAUUUAUCUUGAAAUAAAAUAUGACAAAUUAUUCUAAAACGUUAGUAAAUAAAAUGUAAUAAAUGUUUAGAUUGAUUACACAA